AUAGGUCUUGAGCUCUCAAGAAGACAAGAACUAGGAGAUUCACUUUUCAGUCUCAGUAAUUUUACUUCGUACUUCAUAGAAGUGGCUGUUUUAUCGAAUUUACCAAGUUUUAUUUUAAUAUUUUGUUUGAUUUUAAACGAAGCAAUUUUUUACAAAAAUGUAUAUCAAAGUUAAAACGAUGGAUGGAAAAGAGUCGGUCAUGUUGACCGUCUCAAAAAUGUCAUUGAUUGAAGAAAUUCGUCGACUUGUAAAGGAUAAACUUAAUGUUGAGCCAGCAUGCCAGCGUUUAUUUUUUCGUGGGAAACAGAUGGAAGAUGGUUAUCGUCUAAUUGAUUAUGGAAUUAACCUUAAUGAUGUAGUUCAACUGAUGAUUCGUGCUGCCCCUGUUCCAAAUCCAAAAGUUGUUAAAGAGGCUACUGAAGAUCCGUCAGUGACCGAUGAAGCAAAUGACAAAGAGAAAAAAGACACAAAUAAAACUGGAGAUGAGUCCCUUACUGAUAUUGUUUGUGAAUACUAUGAAGUUCAAGAUUUAAUAGAUGCUAAAGACCCUUUUACUUCUUCUUGGGUUGAGGCUAAAAUUGUUCGCAUUACCAAAAACAAAGAUGACAACCAACUGGAAUACCAUGUUUUAUUUCAAGGACAUGAAAGAGAAAUUCCACUUCCACGAACAUUCAAGCAAAUAAGACCCAGAGCAGAAGAGUUAUGCUCCAAUCAGGAUUUAAAAGUUGGAAAAAUGGUAUUAGUAAACUAUAACAUGGAGGAAAUAAAGGAAAGGGGACUAUGGUACGAUGGCAAGUUAACUAAAGUGGAUCUUCAGUCCCGAACUAAAAGAAAGAUUACCGUGACGCUCAUCAUGGGAGAAGAGAAUGAAACCGAAGUCAACGACUGCUCGAUCUAUUUUGUUAAAGAAAUUAUGAAAAUCCAAGAGGUAAAAAAACGCGAUGAGCAAACCGCCGAAGAAACUCGUCUGUUAAAAAAGGGCCCUUCCAACAAAAGAGAAAGUGCCCCGUACUGCCCCCACUGUAAUGAUAAUCCAAGGCGUAAGUGCAAAUUCUGUGGUUGCCAUGAGUGUGGAAGUAAAGAGAAUCCUGACAAGCAAAUCAUGUGCGACGAGUGCGAUCUACCCUAUCAUCUUUAUUGCUUGAACCCACCACUUUCUUGCAUGCCGGACGAAUCGGAAGAAUGGUAUUGUCCAAAAUGCAAAACUGAUAGUAGUCAGAUCGUCAAAGCAGGAGAGAAGCUUAAAGAAAGUAAGAAAAAGGCUAAAGCUCCGUCCAAUUUGAACAAAAAUACUACACGCGAUUGGGGACGAGGUAUGGCUUGUGCAGGCCGAGCCAAAGAGUGCACAAUCGUCCCAUCGAACCAUUUUGGACCCAUACCUGGUGUCGAUGUGGGAACUACUUGGCGUUUUAGAUUUCAGGCGUCCGAAGCGGGGGUUCAUCGACCUCCCGUUGGAGGCAUUCACGGUCGUGAGAAGGAAGGAGCUUAUAGUAUCGUUCUCAGUGGUGGAUACGAAGAUGAUUUGGACAAUGGCGACUCGUUUUAUUACACAGGAUCUGGUGGACGAGACUUGACAGGGAACAAGCGAACUGCUGAACAGAGCUGCAACCAAACACUCACCCGGAUGAAUUUGGCUUUGGCUAUUAACUGUAACGCCGAGGUAAAUGAAACGGACGGUGCUGAAGCAAAGGACUGGCGUAAAGGCAAACCUGUUCGAGUUCUCCGAAAAGGACAUGCUGACGAAAAAUCACUGGCGAAAGGUCCCAGCAAAGGGAAGGGAAAAGCUGCAAAACACGCCUCAUCGUAUGGUCCUGAAAUCGGUGUUCGGUACGACGGAAUUUACAAGAUUGUCAAGUAUUGGCCUGAAAAAGGAAAGUCUGGAUUUAUAGUCUGGCGUUACUUUCUUCAACGGGACGACUCCACCUCUCCGGUUUGGACAGAAGAAGGGAAAAAACGAAUCCAACAGCUUGGAUUAGAUCAAGUGAUUUAUCCUGAAGGGCAUUUAGAAGCUCUAGAAGCCAAAGAACAAGAAAAAGAAAAGAAUGGAGGAAAGAGGAAAUCUGUCGUCGAGUUGCUGCAGAAUAAAGAGAACUCUACUGCCAAAAAAGCGAAAAAAUCCGGGUAUCAAUUAGAACCGGAAAUCGCUGAACUGAUCGAAAAGGAUGUGCUAAAUCGAAAAUUGUGGGAUGAGUGCAAAGAAAGUUUGGAUGACACAAAACAAAAAUUCGUGUCCAAAGUUGAAGAAAGAUUUUUGUGCAUUUGCUGCCAAGAAAUUGUGUUCAAGCCUAUCACAACAGUUUGCACGCACAACAUUUGUCUUCCGUGCUUGCAAGGUUCUUUUAAGGCUAAAGUAUUUACAUGUCCUAGCUGCCGUCAUGAACUGGGAAAGAACAUGGCAAUGGAACCAAAUGAAGACCUUUGUCGUGCUCUCAAUGCUAUUUUCCCCGGAUACGAAAGUGGUCGGUAAUUUUUUAAUCAAAGUUUGCGAAUAUUUUUGUGAUUUUUUAAAAGCUGAAGGCAAAGACGCGCGUGCGGGUAAUACAAGCAUUUUAAUUUCUCGUUAAAA